AUGAGGAUUGGUAAAAUAGAUGAAAUUAUAAAUUGUUGGGAUUUUGGAAUAGAGUAAAACUAAACAAAUGUGUAAUUUUAUAAAGCAAAAAGUAAAUCAUAAAUGUAUUUAGUAAAUGCACUAUUUAAAUUGGGUAAGGAAAUAGAAGUACUUGAAUGUAUUUAAUUAUGGAUACAUUUAAAUAAAAAUAGUAGUUAAUUUGAGAAGGAGCUUUCUUUAAUUUCAAGAUAUAAAUUUGAAAGUAAUAAAGUUAGUGUAAUUAAUUAGCAUGCAUCAACAAAUUUGAUUAAACAAUUGAAAAGAAAGAGGAAUAAGAUUUGAUAAUAAAAAAUAAAAUUUUGAGCCCAAAUAACAUUAAAGAAUAUAUAGUCUAUAGUAAAUUAAUAAUAAAUCUAGCUAAUGUUUUAUAAAAGUAGGGAAAGUCAAAAGAGAUAUUGUAAUGUUGGGAUUUAGGAAUUAUGAAUAAUAUUCAUGAUAUUGAUUUUUAUUAUGCAAAAAGUAGAUAUAUUGAUAAAAUAAAUUACAAUAGCAAUGUUUUUAGAAUAGUAAGAUAAUAUUUAAGCUGCUAUUGAAUGCUGGAAAUUAGGUUUCAAUGAUAAUUAAAAUGUAUUUAAGUUUUAUGAAGGCUAUUGUAUAUAUUAAUUAAAAAUAAUUAGCAAAUUUGUUAACAAAAUUGAAAAGAUUAUAAGAAGUAGUUGAUUGUUGGUAAUAUGGAAUUAAGCAUAAUUAACAUCAAAUUGCAUAUUAUAAAAGAACGGGUAUUUGUUAAGAUUGAUUAUAUUUCAGUAAAUGCAUUACUUGAAUUAAAAGAGGAACAAAAAGCUAUUGAUUGUUUAGAUAUAGGAAUAUGUUCAAAUAUAAAUAACUUUGAAUUCUAUAGAUACAAAUGUUUUUGAAAGAUUAUAUAUUUAGGCUAAAUCUUAAAAUAAUUAGGAAGAUAAGAAGAUUGUCUUAAAUGUCUUGAAAGUGGAAUACAGAAUAAUAUUUAAAAUAUUUCCUUUUAUUAAGCUCAUGGUAAUAGAUUGAAAUUAAUUUUAGCUAAUGAGUUACAGAAUUUACAUAGAAUAGAAGAAUAACUUUAAUGUUGGUAAUUUGGUAUAGAAAAUUAGAAAGAUUGUUUAAGUUUUUAUAACAAUAAAUGUAUAAUUGAAUUUAUAAACUUCAGUUAAUGUUUUAUGGGAAUUAAAAAGAUAUGAUGAAGCUCUUUAAUUAUGCGAUUAUGGAAUUCAAAAUAAUCCUUAAGAUGAAAGUUUUUAUUCAUAAAAAGGUUAGCAAUUAAAUUAUUUUAGCAUAUGCUUUAACACAAUUAGAAAAAGAAGAAGAAGUUAUAAAAUGUUGGGAUGAAGGAAUUAUUUAAAAUCCUCAUAAAUUAGAAUUCUAUAAAGAAAAAUGUAUUUGAUAUCCAAAAUUAUAGGUAAUGUAUUAAUGAAAUUUGAAAACUUAGGAGAAGCAGAUUCAAGUUGGUUAUCUGAUAAAAUUCCAGAUGAUGAAUUAAUUAAUAAUGAAUAAAGUAUAAGAAUAUCCAAAUUAUUAGGUGAAACAUUAAUAUUAACAGAAAAUGCUUAAAAAGCUCUUCACUGUUGGGAUUAAGGUAUAUUAAAUAACUCUAGUGAUAUUGAUUUUUAUAAAGAAAAAAGUAAAUAACAAGAUAUGAUAUUUUAAGUUUGUCUGCUAGAAAAAUUGGGAAGAAAUUAAGAAGCUAUUGCUUGUCGAAUGUAAGGAAUCUAAAAUAAUAAAAAUAAUCCAGUGUUUUAUGAGAUGCUUGGUACUUUACUUAAUAGAUUAAAUAGCUAAAUAUUAUCAAAAAUAAAAUCGAAUUCUUGAAUCCAUAAAAUUUCUUGAUUAAGGGAUAAAAAUUGAUAAUUGUUCUGAUAAUUUUUAAUUAUUGAUCAUGAAAUGUUUUUAUUUAUAAAAUAAUUUAGGCAAAUCCUUAUUUGAGUUGAAAUAAUUUAGAGAAGCAUUAAAAUAUAAUCGUCUUUCGGAGAGUUAUGGUUUCUUGAGAAGAAAGUUCAAAAAUAGUUUAUGA